GCCAUACAUCCGUACUGUGAUUAUUAUAAAUAUAUAAUAGAACUAACAAACGACGAAGCAUUUGUUAUAUUAUGUACACAACGUUAGUGACACAAAGCUUUAAAACUUUUGCGUAACUAGAAAGAAAAGAACGUUAAUUCAAAAUUAAGUGAUUUAUUUUUUUUUUGUUUAAAAUGAGGUGUGAGUGGCCAGAGCUUACAAAAUGUUGUUUUUGUGUACCGCUACGAAGAGGUUUGCUAGCAUGGGGAUAUUUUAAAUUGGUUUUAAACCUGACUUUGAUUGGGUUUAUGGGCCUCCAUCUUUAUAUGAUAAUAACGAGGCAGGAUCACUUUCCGUUAUUCGGUAUUUUAAUUCUAGCCAGCAUUAAUCUAGUGUUUGUGACAGAUGCUACAUUUCAAAUCAUAUUUAUCGUAGGCGCUCAUAAGAAAAACUACAAAUACCUGCGAUGUUACUUCCGAUAUAAUGUUGUGGUUCUAGUAACAGUAUUUGUGUGUUCGGUUAUCUACGCGAGCUACGCAUUGUACUCGCUUGGAGUAUUUUUAUUCGUCAUUUUAUUUAUACCAUUUGCUAUCCAAUUACUAUUGAUUAUAAUACUUUACCAGUUGGUCAGCUUCUACUUCCUGGUGUUAUCAAGAAGUGAAUUUAAGAAACUGAAGAAUAAUGCAAAAUUCGAGUUUGUAAAUCAGUUAGAAGAAGCGAGGUGUACAGCCGACAUCGCUUCGGCUACGAUUGCAUAACCCCUGCUAUAUUUACCAACACGCCUUCACGCAUUACCAUAGCAAAUAAAAAACCCUUCUAUAUUAUCACAUGAGCGGUCCGCCCCGGCUUCACCCGUGGUAUAUAAGUAGCUUAAAACCUUCCUCAAUAAAUGGGCUAUCUAAAACCGAAAAUUUUUUUCAAAACGGACCAGUAGUUCCUGAGAUUAUCGCGUCCAAACAUACUCUGCAGCUUUAUAAUAUUAGCAUAGAUAAUCACAAAACAGAAGUCAAUCUUCAUAUAUAACGCGUUGGGGCAACAUACAUAUGACAGAUGACAGGACUAGUUAAAGUUUGUGACAGGUGACAGGAUGCUAAGGGGGGCAGAGGUAAAAAGAAGAAUAUAGGCUAAUUAGGAAGCGAGCCGGACGCCCGUAUCAUAUUUCUCAUUCAUCCCAGUCCAUUCCUUCGUUCCCGACAUCCUUUCCUUAUCGUUUAUUUCUUAAAAGCGAGGAACGCCUAGUUUGAAAAGACUGGAUUGGCGCUGGUUUUGGGAAAGUGUUUAAUUAAGCCCUUGUUAAUAUCAUAUUUUUCCAAGAGGUAUCCACUUUUGGUUACCUGAAAGAGAUGGCUUUGUAGCCAUAAGGUCGCCUUUUGUGCAACUUGUAUUUUUAGUCUGUGCUUUUAAAAUAUUUCCUAUUGGUGUGUACAAUAAAGCUUUAUUAAUUCAUUCAUUCAUUCACUUUUAAAUAAUCAAAUGGUUGUCUUACCUCCUUUGUUCUGUUCUAUAUCCUACUAAAGCAGCUUUGGAAUUACACAUAUUUAUACAAUUUAAUAUGUAUCC